AUGCAGGCAACGAUGCUGUCACCGUUUGAUUCAUUGCCGGUGGAUUGCAUCUCAAGCAUUAUCUCCUUCACGAGUCCACGAGACGCUUGCGUCGCCGCUUCUGUUUCGAAAACGUUUGAAUCUGCGGUUAAGUCCGAUACCGUGUGGGAGAAGUUUCUUCCGUCAGAAUAUUCCUCUCUGAUUCCACAGUACUCGCGAGUUUUCUUGUCCAAGAAGGAGCUCUAUUUCGCUCUCUGCGAUGAUCCUGUUCUGAUCGAGGACGGCCAAAAGAGCUUCUGGUUAGAGAAAGCGAGUGGGAAAAGAUGUAUCAUGUUAUCUUUGAAGGGAGGGUCGAUCACAUGGGGAACUAGUCCCCAAUAUUGGCGAUGGGUUUCAGUUCCUGGAUCUAGGUUUGAUAAAAUAGCAGAGCUACUCAAUGUAUGUUGGUUUGAGAUUGGUGACGGGAUGCAUACUCGUUACCUAUCUCCUAGAACUCAUUACUCGGUUUACAUCGUGUUCAAGACAAAGAAAGGAUGUCCUAAUUUGGGAGAUUCCCCGGUAGAUGCUGAAGUUGGGUUGGUUGGAAAAGAAUCUUCUCAAAAGUUAAUAUAUUUUAUUGGGCCUCCUGGUCGUGGUCGUGGUCCUGGUCGAAGGACAGAGACAGAAACGAGAAAUGUAACGAGACCAGAGGCAAGGGAAGAUGGGUGGAUGGAAGCCGAGCUUGGUGAGUUCUACAAUGAUUCUUGUUGUGAUGAUAUUUCGUUUAGUGUUAUUAAGACCAACACUCCUCACUGGAAAAGUGGUUUGAUCAUUCAAGGAAUUGAAUUUCGCCCUGUGAAAACAAGGUAA